AUGCGCCGCGUUCCCCAUGAUCUCCUGCAGGAGAUUUUCCUGGCCUGUCUACCGACAGACCGUAAUCCUUCUCUGAGUGCAGACGAGGCGCCCAUUCUCAUCACCCAGGUUUGCAGCCAUUGGCGUCACGUCGCUCACAGCACCCCCCAACUUUGGGCGUCAGUUCACGUCGCUAUCCCGGGGUAUCAGGGAGACGUCGAGUAUGGGGAGUUGGAAAACAUCAUACAUCAGCGUUCCGCUGCGGUCAAGGACUGGAUUCGUCUGGCUGGUGCAUUACCACUUACCAUUUCCGCCUAUGAAGGGCAUUCCCUCUAUGCGACGUCGUACUUCUCCGAAUUCUUGCAAGAAUGUCUGGUUCCCAUUUGCGAUCGCUGGAAGGACUUGAGCCUCUCUGCAUACGCCGACUCGAUUUCGAACAUCCAGAGGCUCAGCACUGACCAGACACCCCAACUCAAAUCGCUUCACCUGGCCAUCAAGAGAAGAAAUGGCCCGGAGUGGGACAGUCCUUCGGGGACCUGGGAACAAGAUGUUCCAGUAGCAGAGACUUGGAAUGACGGCGGCGGAAUUCUAGGCGGUCAGAGUCUGAGGGAAUUGCGGUUAUCCGUGUUCGACAUACCCUGGGAAGUGACUUCGAAAUGGAACCUGUUGACGACCCUCGUGCUGAACGAAGAUGGUCGUUCGAACAAUAUACCAUUGUAUUCGGUGACAUCUCGCGUGAAGGCUGUCCUCAGAGAAACGAAGGCACUCAUUGACUGCACGCUUCGUAUUGGACAUUUUGACGAAACCUGGCCUCACAACGAAACGAACGACGCUAAUGACGCCUUCAAAGACCUCCCAAUCGAACUCCUAUUGCUGAAAACCCUCUCCAUCGCGGAAUAUCCCAGAGUCACUCUACUACCACUCCUGCGCACACCUUCCAUCCGUUGUAUGGCAUACAGCCGGCUGGUGGCAUCCUUCCCGCCACAUAACCACCCAUUCCUCGACUUCUUGGUACUAAACCCUGGAAUACAUAUCGAAGAACUUUCUGUGGAUCCCAAUAACAUCACCCCGUUCGAGAUGUUGGAGUCUCUACGCCUUUGCUCGUCUCUACGACUCCUACAUCUAGAGCUCCAAGCUCCGUUAGAACCCUGGAUUCAAAGGUUCGGACCAGCUGCUGCAGGGCAUCCAUUCACUGAUGAGCUUCUUACCGAGCUCGCGCCGCCACUCAAUCGAGAUCUCGCCCCCGCUUUGUGUCCAAAUCUCGAAGAUAUCACGUUCAUGCGAGAGACACAAUUCUCAGAAACAGCCGUUGUCGAAUUUGUCAAGAGGAAGCAGGAUGGGGAUCGUCAUGGUAUGGGCAAGCUUCGAAAUAUCAAAGUAAAUUUUGUCAGGAAGAAGGGAGAAAGGGACCUCGUGGCCGAGCUUGCGUUGUACCAAGACUCGGGGCUGGCGAUGGAGUUUUACUACCAUCCAUCGAAUCUCCGUUCUCCGCUUUCUCAUUACAACGGUCUGGCGUCUUCGUCAGGGAUCACUUGUUGGUGA